AUGUCUAUGCUGCCGCCAGACGUCCACGCGGAGCUGUCCCAGCUUCUGCAAGCUCUCCAAAGCCCGGAAAACAAUGUUCGCACACAAGCCGAGGACCAUCUUCAGAACAACUGGACCGCCAGCCGCCCUGAGGUUCUGUUGAUGGGUUUGGCCGAGCAAAUCCAAAUCGGUGCUGAUGCUUCGACACGUUCUUUCGCCGCCGUCAUUUUCAGACGAAUCGCUUCCAAGAGCCGCAAGAAUGACCGCGGCGAACUCGUCGACAUGUUCCUGUCUUUGUCCAAGGAGCAGGCCGCCGUCAUCAGACAGAAACUUCUCGAGAGUCUGGGAGGAGAUUUCCAACGUGCCGUACGAAAUAAAAUCAGCGAUGCCGUCGCUGAGGUAGCGAGGCAAUACACCGAGACCAAUGAGCAGUGGCCAGAGCUUCUGACCGGUCUCUUCCAACUCAGCAUCGCACCUGACGCCGAGAAGCGCGAGACUGCCUUCCGCGUCUUCGCGACCACCCCUGGUGUCAUUGAGAAGCAACAUGAGGACACCGUGAUCCAGGCCUUUCAGAAGGGCUUCAGGGACGAUUCCGUUCAGGUGCGCCUGGCUGCCAUGGAUGCUUUCGCUGCCUUUUUCAGAAACCUGGGAAAGAAGGCCCAACCCAAGUUCUACCCUCUCAUCCCCGAUGUCCUGAACAUCCUUCCCCCGAUCAAGGAUAGCCACGACUCCGAGGACCUUAGCGGCGCCUUGGUUGCCCUUAUCGACAUGGCCGAGACUGCGCCCAAGAUGUUCAAGCCUCUUUUCCAUAACUUGGUCCAAUUCGCCAUCUCCGUUAUCCAGGACAAGGAGCUCGACAACCUCUGCCGCCAGAACGCCCUCGAAUUGAUGGCCACCUUUGCCGACUACGCCCCGUCACUGUGCCGCAAGGAUCCCACUUACACCAACGACAUGAUCACCCAGUGUCUUAGUUUGAUGACUGACCUUGGCGAGGACGAUGACGAUGCCGCCGAAUGGCUGGCUUCGGACGAUCUUGACCAGGAGGAGAGCGACCAAAACCACGUUGCUGGAGAGCAAUGCAUGGACCGAUUGGCUAACAAGCUCGGUGGCCAGACCAUCCUCGCCCCGACCUUCAACUGGCUUCCUCGCAUGAUGACCUCCAUGGCUUGGAGAGACAGACAUGCCGCGCUCAUGGCGAUUUCUGCGAUUUCUGAAGGCUGCAGGGAGCUCAUGAUUGGCGAGCUCAGCCAGGUCCUUGACCUUGUCGUUCCCGCCUUGAAGGACCCUCACCCUCGUGUACGCUGGGCUGGUUGCAACGCGCUUGGUCAGAUGAGCACCGACUUCGCGCCGAAGAUGCAGACCGACUACUAUGACCGAGUUCUCAAGGCUAUCAUCCCCGUUCUCGACUCCCCCGAGGCCCGCGUCAAGUCCCACGCCGCCGCCGCUUUGGUCAACUUCUGCGAGGAGGCCGAGAAGUCCAUCCUGGAGCCCUAUUUGGACGAACUGCUCUCUCACCUCUUCCAGCUGCUGCAGAACGAGAAGCGCUAUGUUCAGGAGCAGGCUCUGUCCACUAUCGCGACUAUUGCGGACGCCGCUGAGGCCGCCUUCUCCAAAUACUACGACACCCUCAUGCCACUGUUGGUCAAUGUCCUACAGAGAGAGAAUGAGAAGGAGUUCCGUCUUCUUCGCGCCAAGGCUAUGGAGUGCGCCACUCUGAUUGCUUUGGCCGUUGGCAAAGACAGACUCGGUCAGGACGCGAUGACGCUGGUUCAGUUGCUCGCCAACAUUCAGCAGAACAUCACGGACCCCGACGACCCUCAAGCACAGUAUCUCAUGCACUGCUGGGGCCGCAUGUGCAGAGUCCUUGGCCAGGAGUUCCUUCCUUUCCUGCCCAACGUGAUGCCCCCUCUUUUGGAGCUGGCCAGUGCCAAGGCCGAUAUCCAGCUCUUGGAUGACGAUGAACAGGUCGAACAAAUGCAGCAAGAAGAGGGAUGGGAGCUUGUUCCCCUCAAGGGUAAAAUGAUUGGGAUCAGAACUAGCACCAUGGAGGAUAAGAACAUGGCCAUCGAGCUCCUGGUCGUCUACGCACAGGUCCUGGAGGGCAGCUUUGCCCCCUACGUUGCGGAGAUCAUGGAGAAGAUCGCCCUCCCAGGCUUGGCCUUCUUCUUCCACGACCCUGUCAGGUUCAUUUCCGCCAAGUUGGUGCCCCAACUUCUGAGCUCUUACAAGAAGACAUACGGAAGCCCGUCCAACGAGCUCAGCGGACUUUGGGCCGCUACUGUCGAUAAGCUUCUCGAGGUCUUGACUGCCGAGCCCGCCAUUGAUACCUUGGCCGAAAUGUACCAGUGCUUCUACGAGUCUGUCGAGGUGGUCGGCAAGGCAUGUCUCUCGCCCGAGCAUCUUUCUCGUUUCAUCGACUCGGUUCAUUCCGCCAUUGAGGACUACAAGGACCGUGUCGCCCAGCGUGCGGAGGACAAGGAGGGCGUGAACCCAGAAGACGCAGAAGAUGAGGCCGAGGAAGUCCUACUGGCUAUUGAGGAUGACCAGACGCUCCUAUCGGACAUGAACAAGGCGUUUCACGCCAUUUUCAAGCACCACGGCUCUGCCUUCCUGCCGGCCUGGGAGCGUCUCAUCAGCACGUACGAGGGUUUCCUCAAAUCUGACGAUCCGACUCAACGCCAGUGGGGUCUCUGCAUCAUGGAUGAUGUCUUGGAGUACUGCGGAAGUGAAAGCCAGCGGUACGCCAACUAUAUCACGCAGCCGCUCAUUGACGGCUGCAGAGAUGCAUCACCAGCCAUUCGCCAAGCUGCUGCAUACGGUAUUGGCGUAGCUGCUCACCGUGGCGGUGCCCCUUGGGCUCAGUUCCUCGGUGGCGCGAUGCCCUUCCUUUUCCAGGUUACUCAAGUCCCCGAGGCACGCAGCGAAGAUAAUGUUUAUGCCACGGAGAACGCGUGUGCUGCCAUUGCGAAAAUUCUUCACUACAACGCUAGCUCAGUCCAGGAUCCCAACGGCAUCGUGGCGCAGUGGAUAGAGACCUUGCCUGUGACCAACGACGAGGAGGCCGCGCCGUACGCUUAUGCCUAUUUGGCUGAGCUGAUUGACCAGCAACAUCCUGCGGUUGUGGGCCAAGCCGGCAAAGUCUUCGUUUUUACUGCGCAAGCUUUGGAGGCAGAUACACUCCAGGGACAAACAGCCAGUCGCGUGGUGGCUGCUAUCAAGACUCUUCUCUCUGCGGCAGGCGUGGACGCCGCGCCUUUGCUGCAGCAAUUCUCUCCUGAGGCUCAGCGCACAAUCACGGCAUACUUCUCUUAG